AUUAUAAUCAGAAGAAUGGCUAAAGCAGGGGGGUGCUGUUUUCAAAUAGGGUAUUUUCUAUACACACGAACAAGAAUUGGUUAUUGGUAUCAUCAAAAAGAAAUAAAAGAUGCCAGGUUAAAAUUAAAUGGAGAAGAUCAUUCUAAAACAGAUGUUACAGAAUUCAAUAAUCUGAGUAUACUACCAAUUCCCAUGUUACUGGACAACUAUGCCUAUCUAAUUCAAGACAAACAAACAAAUCAUUCAGUUUUAGUUGACCCUGGUGAUCCAGACAAAGUUUUAUCUGUUUUAGAGAAAAUGGAUGUUAUACCAGAUGCUAUUCUUGUAACCCAUAAACAUUGGGACCAUAGUGGUGGCAAUAUUAAAUUAAAAACUGCAUUUCCUACUAUUAGAAUAUAUGGUGGUGCAAUGGAUCAUAUACCCUGUGUAACACAUGCCGUGGCCGAUGGAGAUGUAAUUAAAUUUGGUGAACUGACUUUCACAGUUAUCUAUACACCAGGUCAUACUGUCGGCCAUAUUGUAUAUCUAUUAGAUGGGUCACAUUUUGAUGCUCCAGCUUCUCUUUUCUCUGGGGAUCAUUUAUUUCUCUCAGGAUGUGGAAGAAUGUUUGAAGGAACCCCAACUGUUAUGUUACGAUCCUUAGAUAAAGUCAGUAAUUUAGAGGAAAAUACAUUAGUAUGGCCAGGUCACGAGUAUGCAGAAGAUAAUUUAGAAUUUGCAUGUAAUAUUGAGGCAGAAAAUGAAAAUGCUCAGGAAAAAUUAGAUUGGACAAAGCAAAAACGCCUAGUCAAGGAUUGUACAAGCCCAUCAACCAUUCGUGAAGAAAAAUCAUAUAAUCCAUUUUUACGGACUGGAGAAAAAUCAGUUUUAGAAAGUAUCGGAAUGAUAACCAGCUCAGACACAACAGAAAUUACUGACACAAUGAGAGCAUCUGCAUUGGCAGAAGUACGGGAACGCAAAGAUCAAUUUAAAUAUAAACUGUAAAGAAGACAUUAGGUAUUGACAGUGCCAGAUUAACCAUUGUGUGGGGCCUUGGGGCUUGAGCAUGUGUGGGGGAGGGGGGCUCCAACCUAAUACAAGUGAUCAGAACUUCAGCAGUAUUAUUCCACACACGUGAAUGUAAUUACAUCAAACUUAAUUUUAAAUCGGUCAUUGAUAAAUUAGGGGGGACCUUUAGUGAUAUCCACGAAGACCGCAUCCAUGACUACAUAGUAACCGACCAGAGUUCCUUUUUGACGAACGUCGAACAUGGCUGACCUAAAUUUAAAUGCAUUUUGUUGUAACCAAAAGGCGAAAAAUAUAGUAAGUAAAUAAUGUAGUCUAUACAGAAAUUACACAUAUUAUACACACACCAAUUAUAGUCUAGGGGCUAAAAGUCGAAGAAUAUGAUUCCAGAAACCAGCGUUCCUCGAGUCACCGGCAGCAAAGAGAAAAAACUAUGUUCAGAGAUUACCAAUGACAAACAUUUUUACAGAUUCUGCGUUCGAAUAUAAUUGGGUUCAAAGUUACCUUGAUUUUGUAACCAAAAUAUUGCCACUAAAGAGGAUUUUUUUAUGUGUUUUCUUGAUACACUAAAUAAACAAAAAAGAAGAAACACAGAUACCAUUCGAAAGUAUGACGCGGCAUCACCGGAUUACAUCGAAUUCACAGAUGUCAAUAGCAAUGUGAGCCCACAAUGGAUGGAAUGGGGCCCACUGCCACUAGCAGAUGUAGUCCUCGGUCUGACCAUUUUAAAUCAAAUUCUUGUGGGGGGGGGGCUGAUGUCGGAGACCCUGGGGCCUAGGCCCCACGAUGCCCCAUUGUUAAUCCUGCCCUGGGUAUUGGUGAUAAAUAUGCUGCUUUAUGUCAUGAUCCGUUAGAACUCAAAAUAAUAAUAAAAUCGAAAAAAUUGUGGUAUUGACGAAAGUUAAACUAAUAUUUAUUUCAUUUGCUUUGUCAUUUUUAUAUCUUAUGAAUAGCAUUCAUAUAUUCAUUGAUAUGGUAUAAAAACUAUUGUAGAAAAUGUUAUAUUGUUAAAAUCGUGUUCCUGUCCGUGUUGUUAUUGUGGGACCAAUAUAUAUGUAAUGUUUGAUAUUCAACAUAAUAGAUUAUAACUGAAAAAAAAAUAAAGAUUAGAAGAAUUAGACAGAUAUACCUUUAGGAAAGAAAUACAACUUCGGUGCAUUUAUAUAUUUGGUAUUUAAAGAUGCAUUAUGUCAGAGCUAAAUAAGGAUGGUCUAGUGGUCUAGAGUGUCGCGCUUAGAGCACUAGCUGGCCAGUCACCUCUGGCUUGCGGCCUGGUUUCGAUCCCUGUUGUGAGCAUAUAUUGCUUGGUGAUAGGGGCGCCUUCUUAACCUUGUGGGUUUACUCCAGGUACUCCAGUUUCCUCCCUCAGGAAAGACUCCUGUGUGCAUGCCAAGAUAUUAAAAUGAAAAAAAGACAACUUAUUUGCAAUAUCACCCACAGUGGAACAGACAUUAAACACUAAGAACAACAAGAGCUAAAUCUGCCUAUUGCAGGUCUUUCCCCUGGCUUAAGAAUUUAUAUAAACUAUUAUUUAGACAUUUAUUCACAUGACAAGCCUAUAAUCAACUCUCUAGACCAUUGGAUGGCAGAGAUUUACAGGAUAGGUUCAUGAAAGCAAGACAUCCCCCAGAAAAUAAAUUAAAAUAAUUAUAAUUAAAAAUAAAAAUUCCACUGAAAAACAUUAUUAAUAUAUUUAAUUUGUGACAUUUAAUUAAGUCUUUUUGAUCUUUAGAAUUUUAUAUUUUUGUAAUUCAACUCAGAAAUCUUUUUUAAUAGUGUAUUUAUGAUGACUUUGCAAAAAAUAAUGAACAAGAACACCAGCAUGAUUUUAUUAUUAAACGAUAAAAUGGAUGAUCAAGACUUAAGUCUUGUUUGUCCAGUAACAUUGCUAUGAUAAUCAAUGCCAAAAAUCUUGAACACUCAUAACUCAUGAGUUUUUCAAUAUAUUCAUUUUUCAUUAUAUAUAAUUUUAUUGUUACAGCAAGAAUGGUCAGCUCUUUAUCUAAAUCUUACAUACUGCAUCUUUAUUAAUAGCAAAUAGAUAAACAUUAUAUAACAACUGUACUGUACAAACUGGAAAUUGUUUUUCUAUGCUACCAAAUACAUGUUUAUAUAUACUGAAUGAGAAAAGGAUGGUAAUCUUAUAUUGAACACAAUGUUUUUACAUAAGGUUACAAUACAGAUACAUAGUUCAGCAGCUAAUAAUGUUCGAUGUCACUAGUAAAUUGUUGGCAGCAAUUACUUGUAAAUAUAUGAAAACUUUAAACUGAAAUAAUUUAUUGCCUACAGUUAUUAAGUUAUGACUUGUAACAUUGAAAACUGCUCAACAUGCUUAUUGUUAUUGCACAGAAUAUGAUUUCUACUAAAACUAGUGUUAACCAGCAAAAGUGUGCAAUAACAUAGAACAUGUCUUAUUAUUGCACAGUUAAGCUCCACCCAAUCUACUAGAGGGAAAACAAUCUGCUUAUUCAACGAAAAGAACAAAGGAAGAUUUCUCAUCCAUGUUACAAAUCACAUUUCUUGGUUUCAUAAUAAUGCUAAAAGUCUUGCAUGUUUAAGUUUAUUGAACUGUUAUCUUUUGUUUUUUUUUAUAUAUAUAUUAUGAUAUUGCUGUUGAUUCUAUGAUUUAUGUAUAAAUGUACAUUUGGGUAUAUAAGUAGAUCUGAAUUUGUUCAAUAAAUUUUAAUUUUAAUUGGUUUUCCCUGAGA